AUGGCGGAGUUGUCGUUAACAAUCGAAGAAGAAUUUCUUACCUGUAAGAUUUGCCUAGAGUUCUACGUUGAUCCAAAGGUUCUUCCUUGCUUACAUACCUUUUGUCUCAGCUGUAUAAGCAGUCACUUUGACAAAACACGGAAAGGAUGCAAGGCAUUAUGUCCUCUUUGCAGGGCGACGUUUGAAGUACCGGGCUGCCAACCGGCAAAUAUUAAAUCUAACUUUUACAUAAACAGUUUAUCUGAAGUUAUUAACACGAAAAAGAAAAGCACAAAGAGCUGCACAUUUUGUGAAAUGAAGAACGUGAUAUCCGCUUGUAGGUGGAUAUGCAUUACGUGUAUGGACUAUCUAUGUGAAGCAUGUAAACAAAAUCAUCAGGGUACACGAGUAACUUUUGACCAUCAAACUAUAUCGAUUGAGCAGCUUAUGAGUGGUGUUUAUGAUCAAGUGAUCCGCAAAAAAACUGAUAUUCCUUGCCUCGAUCAUGACAAUGAAAAAGUCAGAUUCUUUUGUGAGACAUGUUCACAACUAGUUUGCCUUGAUUGCGUCUUGUUAAAACACAGGGACCAUACAUAUCGUUCACCUGCUGAUGCAAUGAAGAUUAGACGUACAGAUAUGGAACAAAAAAUAAGUAAAGCACAGGCUCAAAUGAAGAUAUAUGAGGAAAAUAAGAACUUCAUUACCGAUUUACUGUCAGAAAUAGAUAAAUCGGAAAUUAGCCAAAUUGCGUCUUUGAAAACAUUUUGUAAAACCCUGAAAGACGCUAUUGAUCAGAAAAUGAACGAGACUGAGAAAACGGUUCGAGUGAUAUCUGAAGAGUCGAGGAGAAGUCUUGGAGAACGCAAAACACUUAUCGAUGAAGAUAUCCAAACACUUAAGGAACCAUUAGAACUUUGCAAAGAUCUCUUAGAAAAUGGGCGAGAUGAGGAGAUUCUGUACUUUCGUGAAAGCUUUGAAGAUCGUCUACAAACCCCGAUCACACAUGCUAACUUGCGGAGAGAUCUACACUGGACAAAGGUUGAAGUGUCUAUGUCAGAAACAAUAGAACAGCUGAUAAAGGAAAAGUCGGUGCAAAGCACAUUGGAGCAAGAAGUCUUCACUGAGAACAGAAUUCCUUGUAUGGAAAUGACAGCAUCUGAAAUUGGCGGUAACGAAGAUUCACCAAGGAGUCUUCUCGUCACCGAGCAUCCGUCAGCUCCGAAUUUUCACUCUCUGACGCAACCUUAUGUCAACGGAGGGAAAUAUCGUCUGAUAAAGACAUUUAACUGUUACAUUGGAUACGGAAGCGAAUUCGUCCCGGAGCCAACUGGUGUGGCAUGGAUUACCAGUCAGCGAAUUGCUGUGUGUGACGCGGAGAACAAACAGCUAAAGGUGUUUACUAGAAAUGGGGAAACCGAUUGGUUCAUAGAUAUCAAAGUAACACCAAUUGGUUUAUCUGUGGUGGAAGGCAAAAUUGCGAUAGCAGUGUCUGACGGCGUGUUGAUCUAUCAAAACGACACGAGAGUUGGACUGAUCAAAUGCAAGGCCGAUGCAUUCCGUUACAUUGCAUCCACUUCCUUAGAAAUACUCCUGUUUGGGACGGACGGGGACGAGGUCAGAAGAUAUGAUAGCAAGGGAAAGCGCCAAGGAACAAUUCGGCUAGAAGCAGCCUUACAACCAAUGGCAGUGUCUUGUAACGAUAGAAUAUUAGUCGUAUCAGACAAACGAAGAUCUGAAGCUGUGAUAUUUAAUUACGAGGGUAAAAAAAUGAGGAGUGUUCAACGGAACCAAACCAGCUGGUUGGCCGAUGCGCAUUGUCUACAGAAUGAUAGGGUGCUCAUGGUAAACAAACAAUCCAGCAAGGUAGUGAUCCUCCAAGAUGGCGCCAAAUACCUUGGAGGAUGGUCAACGGAGCCGGAAAUAACAAAACCCUGCUGCAUUGACUACCAUUCAGACGGUUUCUUGGUUAUCGGAGGAGCCGGUGGUAAUAUUGCAGUGUAUCAAUUUAUCUGA